ACUUGAAACCCUAGCGCUAUAUAAACCCUAUUCUUUCUCUCUCUCCCUCUCAGCUGCCCAAUUGCACUGUCCGUGUUUGUGCCUUCUUCGCCCCAGCGCUGUACUCGGCUCGCCGAUCUUCAACUACCAACAUGGCGGACAAGGCAGUGACCAUCAGAACCAGGAAGUUCAUGACCAACAGACUCCUCUCCAGAAAGCAAUUUGUAAUUGAUCUUCUUCAUCCAGGGAGACCCAAUGUUUCCAAGGCUGAGCUGAAGGAGAAGCUGUCAAGGAUGUAUGAAGUAAAAGACCCAAACUCGAUCUUUGUUUUCAAGUUCCGGACUCACUUUGGAGGUGGAAAAUCAACUGGUUUUGGUUUGAUUUAUGAUUCCGUUGAGAAUGCAAAAAAAUAUGAACCCAAGUACAGGCUCAUCAGGAAUGGACUUGAUACCAAGAUAGAGAAGUCGAGAAAGCAGUUGAAGGAGAGGAAGAACAGGGCUAAGAAGAUCCGUGGAGUAAAGAAGACAAAGGCUUCAGAUGCUGCCAAGGGUGGAAAGAAGAAAUGAGUUUUCAUGGGUUUUGUGUUGAUCUUAAAGAUUGAUUUUCAGCAGUGGUUUUCCUUCAAUAGUGAUAUCUUCUAGUCAGUUUUUUUGAAAAUGAAAGCUCUUGGUUCUAGUGUUAAAUGUUUUUGUUUUCUGAUGUUUCGUUCUAGUGUUCGACUGUGAGUAAUUCGUGAAGCAGAUUUUGAAGUUUUGAGUAGCAUCACAUUCUAGUAAAUUUGCAUUACAAUCGGAUGUGGAAUCCAAAGUCCAUGUGGUUGGUCUUUUAGUGAUGCAUUUAGUUUUCCAUGGUAAAAUGAACCCAUUUUUGUUCGGGUUUGAAAUAUUAUAAUCUAAUCCCAAGUUUGGCACAGA